AUGUUUCAGAUUGCCAUUAUUAUUGUCUGCGUUGUUUUGUUGACUGAUUGUAAAGCCACUGGAAAUGAUACAGAAGCCAGUGGAAAUGAUAAAGAAGCCACUGAAUUUUAUUUAGAAGACAGUGGAAAUGAUGCAGAAGCCAUUGAAGAUCUUGUCAAACAAGUUGAAGAUUUAAAAACUAAAUUGAAAAAUUUAAGCGAUUACGUUACAAAAGACCAAGAUGUGCUUUACGUUACAUUGUCAGAGAGUAUGAAAGAUGUCAGCAAUGAGGUGACUGUUAUUUUUGACAGACAGCAGAUAAACCCCGGAAAUCAUUAUAAUCCGAAUGAUGGAAUAUACAUCGCACCUUUCUCUGGACAAGUCAUGGUUUUCUGGACAAUUGGCACUAACGAGACCGCAAGAACAGAACUCAUGGUUGAAGAUAGAGUUGUCGGUACUUUGAUGACUGCUGCUAGUUCUGUCACAACCAACAAUAGAUAUGGCAGUUCCAAUACAGUAAAAGAAUCCUCAUCAUCGACCGUGGCUGUUACCGAUGUUCAAAAGGGAAACCACAUAUUUCUAAGAACUGCAUCACAUGAUAAUCACAUUCUCAAAACUGUUUCGUCUUUACUGAUAAGACGUACGCUUUAA